AUGACAAAAUUGACAAAAGGAAAGAUUCAACUUGGAUUUUUAUUUUUGUUUCUUUCAUUUCUGAAAGUCCAGGCUGAAAUUCCAUGUCCACAUGGACGUAAUGGAACAUCUUGCAGAGAAGGAUGCCGUUGUAGAGAUGUUAGGCACUGCACAUCUACAUCAUGUACCUGUGCUGAUGGAUGGAUGGGAAAUGGUUGCAGUGAAGAAUGUCCACAUGGACGUAAUGGAACAUCUUGCAGAGAAGGAUGCCAUUGCAGAGAUCUUAGGUACUGCACAUCUACAUCAUAUGCAUGUCCCUGUGCUGAUGGAUGGAUGGGAAAUGGUUGUAAUGAAGGAUGUCCAUUUGGAAAAUUUGGUUAUAAAUGUCAGGAGACAUGUCAUUGUGCUGACAAUUCCAAAUGUAAUAAAACAGACGGGCGAUGUCCUGAUAAAAAAUGUGAACCUGGAUACACAGGAGAUAAAUGCCAAACACAAUGUCCACGUAGACGUUAUGGAAGUGGUUGCACAACCGGAUGCCAUUGUAAAUAUCCUGAGAACUGCACAUCUACAUCAUGUACCUGUGCUGAUGGAUGGAUGGGAAAUGGUUGCAAUGAAGAAUGUCCAUUUGGCAAAUUUGGUUAUUAUUGUCAGAAGACAUGUCAUUGUGCUGACAAUUCCAAAUGUAAUAAAAUAGACGGGCGAUGUUCUGAUGGAAAAUGUGAACAUGGAUACACAGGAGAUAAUUGCCAAACACAAUGUCCACGUAGACGUAAUGGAAGUGGUUGCACAACCGGAUGCCAUUGUAAAUAUCCUGAGAACUGCACAUCUACAUCAUGUACCUGUGCUGAUGGAUGGAUGGGAAAUGGUUGCAAUGAAGAAUGUCCAUUUGGCAAAUUUGGUUAUUAUUGUCAGAAGACAUGUCAUUGUGCUGACAAUUCCAAAUGUAAUAAAAUAGACGGGCGAUGUUCUGAUGGAAAAUGUGAACAUGGAUACACAGGAGAUAAAUGCCAAACACAAUGUCCACAUGGACGUUAUGGAAAUGAUUGCAAAGAAGGAUGCCAUUGUAGUGAUCUUAGGUACUGCACAUCUACAUCAUGUACCUGUGCUGAUGUAUGGAAGGGAAAUGGUUCAUGUCCACAUGGACGUAAUGGAAGUGAUUGCAGAGAAGGAUGCCAUUGUAAAAAUCAUUGGCGCUGCACAUCUACAUCAUGUACCUGUGCUGAUGGAUGGAUGGGAAAUGGUUGCAGUGAAGAAUGUCCAAUUGGCAAUUUUGGCAGUGACUGCAUAAAGACCUGUCAUUGUGCAGACAAUAACAAGUGCAAUAAAACUAAUGGGAGAUGCAGUGAUGGAAAAUGUGAAAAUUCAUACUGGGGAGAUAAGUGCCAAACUAAAUGUCCACAUGGACGUUAUGGAAAUGAUUGCAGAGAAGGAUGCCAUUGUAAAAUUUCCUCUUCCUGUACAGCUACAUCAUGUCUCUGUGCUGAUGGAUGGAUGGGAAAAGGUUGCAAUGAACAGUGUCCACAUGGACGAUAUGGAACAACUUGCACAGAAAGAUGUCAUUGCAAGAAUUCUUCAGAUUGCAAAUCUACAUCAUGUGUUUGUGCUGUUGGAUGGAGAAGUGAAAGUUGUAAUCAAAAAUGUGAUGAUGGCACUUUUGGUGAUGGUUGUCAGUUAAAAUGUCAUUGUGCAGAUGAUUUGCAAUGCAGACACAUUGAUGGCAAAUGUCUGGAUGGUAAAUGUGCUGUUGGAUACAAGGGAGAGAACUGUCAACAAGUUAACCUAAAAUUAAUUCUGACAGUUACAUUGGUUCCUCUUCUGGUAAUUUUUAUCAUCAUUGCACUUAUGAUUUACUUCAGGAGAAAUCAACUGAAAGAACCAUCUGGAAACUAUAUUCCCAUGGAAACAGGUGACUAUGUAAUGACAUAG